UUUGCGUGCACCGUUGCAGUAGCGUCGCAGUUAACAAACGCCAAAGGAUCCAAAGGAAACGAAAGGAGAACACAAAAUGGUUCCUUCGUCCGUACCACCUCUCAUCGUUCCCAAUUCGCAACUUUAGGGUUUUCUGCGAACCCCGCCAUUGGCAAUUUCUUCGAAGAACAAGCUCCUUAUUUGAAAAAUGGAUGGACCAACUGGCCGAGGUAGUGGAACAGGUGUAGACAUGUUUCUGCCAAAUUAUAAGCUGGGAAAAACACUUGGUAUUGGGUCCUUUGGCAAAGUGAAAAUAGCAGAGCAUGUUUUGACUGGCCAUAAAGUUGCCAUAAAGAUUCUUAACCGCCGCAAGAUUAAGAACAUGGAAAUGGAAGAAAAAGUAAGAAGAGAAAUAAAAAUUCUGAGAUUGUUCAUGCAUCCUCACAUCAUCCGUCUUUAUGAAGUCAUAGAAACGCCAACAGACAUAUAUGUUGUUAUGGAAUAUGUAAAAUCAGGAGAACUAUUUGAUUAUAUAGUAGAAAAGGGCAGGCUGCAAGAAGAUGAAGCCCGCAACUUUUUCCAGCAGAUAAUCUCUGGUGUGGAGUACUGUCACAGGAAUAUGGUGGUACAUAGAGACCUGAAACCUGAGAAUUUGCUUUUAGACUCCAAAUGCAAUGUCAAGAUUGCUGAUUUUGGUUUAAGCAACAUCAUGCGGGAUGGCCACUUUCUGAAGACAAGUUGUGGGAGCCCUAAUUAUGCUGCUCCAGAGGUUAUCUCUGGGAAAUUGUAUGCUGGACCUGAAGUAGAUGUCUGGAGCUGUGGUGUAAUUCUAUAUGCCCUUCUCUGCGGCACACUUCCCUUUGAUGAUGAAAACAUUCCAAACCUCUUCAAGAAAAUAAAGGGUGGCAUAUACACCCUUCCUAGUCAUCUAUCACCUGGUGCUAGAGAUUUGAUACCAAGGAUGCUUGUGGUGGAUCCCAUGAAGAGGAUGACUAUACCUGAAAUACGUCAACACCCAUGGUUCCAAGCUCGUCUUCCGCGAUAUUUAGCAGUGCCACCACCAGAUACAAUGCAACAAGCCAAAAAGAUUGACGAAGAGCUACUUCAGGAAGUGGUUAAUAUGGGAUUUGACAGAAAUCAAUUGGUUGAAUCUCUACGCAACAGGAUCCAAAAUGAGGGUACUGUGGCAUACUACUUGUUAUUGGAUAACCGGUUCCGUGUUUCUAGCGGCUAUCUUGGAGCUGAGUUUCAAGAGACUAUGGAUGCUGGUUUCAAUCGUAAUCAUUCCACUGAAGUUUCUUCUCCAGUUGCUGGGCACCGCUUUCCAGGUUAUAUGGACUAUCAAGUAGGAAUGAGACCACAGAUCCCUGUUGAGAGAAAAUGGGCCCUUGGGCUUCAGGUGCAGUGUUUUACUUCUUGGCUAUUUACACAACUGGAUUCAGUGAUAUGCAGUUGUUAUUUCGCUUGUUUUAUUCAUAACCAUUACUUUGGGAAUGACUCCAACAUCAUUGAGAAUGAUGCUGUUUCUAAGUCAAAUGUGGUCAAGUUUGAAGUGCAGCUCUACAAAACUCGGGAAGAUAAGUAUCUGCUUGACCUUCAGAGGGUUCAGGGCCCCCAGUUUCUUUUCUUGGAUCUUUGUGCUGCUUUCCUUGCACAGCUACGUGUUCUCUAAUCAUAGCACCUUACAAGGGAGAGAUUUGGAUUACGCUGCAUCCUAAUAAGAAGCUUACGUUGUACAUAUAACCACUUUUAGAAUGGGUUUUGUCUUGUCUGUAUGUACAUUUUAGUAUUACCCUUGUUUUUUGUUAUGGGUGAUCUUGAUUAGGUGGCAAUCAUAAACAUGGCAUUCGCUUCCUUAAUCAUGGCGUAUUACUAUGACUAUGUCAUCCAUUUUCAUGGUGAAUUGAGUUUCUUCAAUCCCAUGGAAUCUUGGGGUCAUGUUGAAGAACUAACAAUACCCCCAACAGACAUGACUAUUUAUGGUAUUGAACCUAGUUGUUGUAAAUGACUGCUGCUGUUAGCUUGGAAGCAGAGGGGUUUGUGUUUUUGUCUAGGCCUUUUCAUGCUUAGCCUUUUGCCCCCGCUCCCCGUCAAAGGUUUCAAAGCUAUUUGGUUGGUUUGUGUUUUUUU